CACCGCCCUGGUCAUUGCUAGAAGGGAUACAACUUUUGUCAAAUUAACGUCAAAAGUAGAUUUUUUUGUACAUUUUAGCUAUCUCUUUUCCAAAACUAAACCUAAUUAUACUAACCUGCUACGAAAAGUCUUCAUCUGACAAAAGCUGUGUCCAUCUACUCAAAAACCCUCUGCUCCCCUCCUACUUUUGUUGGUCCGCGAAGAAGUCGCAAGAUGGUUGACAUCGCUUGGAAGUAUGCUCCCUUCCUCAACAUGAAGUCGUGAGUGUGGAAGUAAGCGAGGGAGGCACCAUCGGGCGUUUGUUUUUAUUCUAGUUAUUUUUUACUUUUAAUUUCUCCAAACAACAUCCAUUUCAUUCCGCGUCGUGUCUGUCCCAGAGUUGGGUUUGCGAGUUGCCGCGCCGGGGACCCAGCUAGCUAAAUGAGCUACAUCAGUUAACGUUAGCCAUCUAGCUGUUAGCUAGUUAUUUUGUAUUCACAUUAGCCAGCACAUGCAAUUUGAACUAGUCUAACGGUUAAUAUAAAUAUUUUAACUCUCAGAUUAAGAAUUACUCGGUCGUCAUGUUCGCUAAUUCGCAGCGUUUCUUCAUAUGAAUCAGGAUUAUAACUUUGGAGUUGGAAGCAUCGCCCAAAUCCUACCAUAACUAUAGCUAGCCAUAGUCAGCUGCCAAGAACAUUUCAGGUUCGUUAGAUAGUUAAAGGAGUUAACUAGCUAAACUGUAGCUGCUUUGCUGGCAGUUUGCCACGAUACUGCUAGGGAUGGACACACACGACCAAAUGUAGAAGAUUGGCUUGGCACACUAGCUAGUUAGCUACGUUAGUCAAGUUGCUAACCAACUUGGCUGCUGAAAAAUGUACUAGCGAACUAGCUGUUGGAACGUGAACCUCUCGACCUGGCCAACUAGCUUGCUAGGCUAGCAGGGUUGGUCACUCGUCGUGUCAGAGUUGCGGUGGCAACUAGCUAGCGGCAACAACAGUCGUGUAGUCAGUAAGUCACAUCGUUAAGAGAGACAAGUUAGCUAGCCGCCUGGUUCUAGCUAGCUACCGUCUCGACCCUCACAUCAGCUAUCACCACGGCGUUCAGAACGUAUCCCGAGCCCUCCCCCGGCCAGACCCACCGGCUCAACAACACCGGGAUGGGCGUGCAGGGCUUCCAGGAGUAUCUGGAGAAACGGUGUCCCGGGGCUGCGGUCCCCGUGGACCUCCUCAAACUAGGCCGUACUGUGGGACGCCAGCACCCGCACCAUCACCCCGGCCCUCUGCCCCCUCCACCUCCGGCCCGGAUACUCAUCGAUGCUGACUCCGGCCUGCAGCGGCUGUACGGCGGCUACCAGACGGACUGGGUGUGCGGCGGGGAGUGGAACGCCAUGCUGGGAUACCUGGCCGCUCUGUCCCAGGCCUGUCUGUACCAGGGUGGGCUAGAGCUGGUCGUGGUGUUCAACGGAACCCUGGGGAAGGAGCGGUGGCCGGAGUGGGCGCGCCGGGCCCAGGGGCAACGCCAGACGGCCCAGCUCAUCGUUAACCAUGUCGGCAGUAAGGCCACCCCGCCUCCCCGCGCCUGGUUCCUGCCCCCGGCCUGCCUCAGUCACUGUGUCCGCCUCGCCAUGUUCCGCUUCAGAGUGCGGGUUGUUCAAACGUUGGAGGACCACCACCAGGAGGUGCUGUCUCUCUACAGGGACUUUGGUUUCUGCGGCCUGAUCGCCCAGGAUUCAGAGUUUGCCCUCUGCAACGUGCCCGCCUACUUCUCCUCGCACGCGCUCAAACUGUCCUGGAACGGCAAGAACCUGACCACCCACCAGUACCUGCUCUCUGAAGCUGCCAGACAGCUGGGUCUGAAGACACAACACCUGCCCUGCUUCGCUGCUCUGCUGGGGAACCAUAUUCUCCCUGAUGAGGACCUGGCUGCCUUCCACUGGAGCCUUUUAGGACCAGAACACCCCCUGGCCUCACUCAAGGUGCGUGCCCACCAGUUGGUACUGCCUCCCUGUGAGGUGGUUAUUAAGGCGGUGUCAGAGUACGUCUCCUCCAUCAAACAUCUGGGGAACCUCGACGCUGUUGCCAGGGACGUCUUCAAACAAUCACAGUCUCGUAUAGAGGAUAAAGUGGGACUUUUUAAGAAGGCUGUGGAAUAUUUCUCUGCUGCCUCUAAACCCCGCCCCCUCUCCAUGGGACCCUCCCCCUACCUUUGGUUUGGUCCGACUCCUUUUGGCGGUCUUCCUGGCCACAUGGGGGCAAUGCAGCCUGGAAAGAACCAGGUAGGAGUCACAUGUCUCUGAUGUACAGUGCCUUCAGAAAGUAUUUAAACCCAUUCACAAUUCCACAUACUGUCUCUCUGAUACUGUCUAUCUCUGUCUCUCUGAUACUGUCUCUCUGAUA